AUGGCGAGGCGGCCGCCGUGGCGGGGUCUCGGGGGGCCGCCGACCCCAGUCCUCCCGCUCCUCCUCCUCCUCUCUUUGUUCCCCCUCAGCCGGGAGGAGCUGGGGGACAGCAGAGGCCCAGGGGCAGCUGCCGCUAUGGGAACCCGGAGCGGCGGUGGAGUCUUAGUUCUUUGUCCCGAACCGCCCGGGGUCCAAGAGAAUGGGGAGCCUGGCCUGGGAGUCAGGAAGCCGGUCUUUUUGGGCCUCCGAGGGGGAAGGCAAAGCGCCCGCAGUGUCCGAGGCACCCCUGAGCAGCCAGACGCGAGGCUGCGAUCUGAGCAUGGGGCCCAAACAUUGAACAGCCGCGGGCGAGAAACAGGACCGGGACCAGGGUCUCUAUUAUGCUGGCGCCCGGAAGUCUCUUCAUGUGGGCGGACAGGAUCCUUGCAGAGAGGUGGGCUGUCGCCAGAGGCUCUGUUCCCAGGAUUCCUGGGCCCUAGGGACAGUUUGCCCCUCCCUUCGGACCUUUUGGCUCGGCCUGGUGGCCCCAGGCCGGCGUCUUCCCCUGGAAACGCUGGGAGAGGUACCCACAAAAGGGUGGGAAGCGCGCGCUGCUUCGGAAAAUUAUGGGUGCCGGGGCACCAGGGUCAGGGCGAGAGAACUGCGACAUCCCUGGCGAAGAGGAGAGCCCCUCGUCCGGACUGUCCUCCUUGGGUUGUGGGGUCAGGUCCCGGGUUAGACUCAGCACCGCGCACAUCGAGGACAGCUCCCGCUCCGUAUUCAGCACCGCGCAAGUCUCGGACAGCUCCUGAUCCGGCGCCCGAGCGCAUGCGCCCCCGCGGUCUGCUCCGCCGCCGCUUCCUUCCGCAGCGCCCCGGACCGCGCCCCCCGGGAGUGCUGGCGGAGCCAGGAACCUGGAGAAUCCCCCCAGCAAGCCGGUCCCGCCCCCGUCGCGCCGCGAACCGCCACCCGCAGUUUCCGCAGUACAACUACCAGGCGUUGGUGCCCGAAAAUGAGGUGGCGGGCACCUCGGUGCUACGCGUAGUGGCUCAAGACCCGGACGCCGGCGAGGCCGGUCGACUAGUCUACUCGCUGGCGGCGCUCAUGAACAGUCGCUCGCUGGAGCUGUUCAGCAUAGACUCGCAAAGCGGCCUGAUACGCACAGCUGCCGCGCUGGACCGCGAGAGCAUGGAGCGCCACUAUCUGCGCGUAACCGCACAAGACCACGGCUCGCCGCGCCUCUCAGCCACCACCAUGGUGGCCGUGACAGUGGCCGACCGCAACGACCACGCGCCAGUGUUUGAGCAGGCGCAGUACCGGGAAACGCUUCGCGAGAAUGUGGAGGAGGGCUACCCCAUCCUGCAGUUGCGUGCCACAGAUGGCGACGCGCCGCCCAACGCUAACCUUCGCUACCGCUUCGUGGGGUCGCCCGCAGCGCGCGCCGCCGCCGCGGCUGCCUUCGAGAUCGACCCGCGCUCGGGCCUCAUCAGCACCAGCGGUGUGGUGGACCGCGAGCAUAUGGACAGCUACGAGCUGGUGGUGGAGGCCAGCGACCAGGGUCAGGAGCCCGGGCCGCGCUCGGCCACCGUGCGCGUGCACAUAACCGUGCUGGACGAGAACGACAACGCGCCCCAGUUCAGCGAGAAGCGCUAUGUGGCGCAGGUGCGCGAGGAUGUGCGUCCUCACACGGUGGUGCUGCGCGUCACCGCCACCGACCGGGACAAGGACGCCAACGCACUGGUGCACUACAACAUUAUCAGCGGCAACAGUCGUGGUCACUUUGCCAUCGACAGCCUCACGGGAGAGAUCCAGGUGGUGGCGCCGCUGGACUUCGAGGCAGAGCGAGAGUAUGCCUUGCGCAUCCGGGCGCAGGACGCAGGCCGGCCUCCCCUGUCCAACAACACGGGUCUGGCCAGCAUCCAGGUGGUAGACAUCAAUGACCAUGCACCUAUCUUUGUUAGCACACCCUUCCAGGUUUCUGUCCUGGAAAACGCACCCCUGGGCCACUCUGUCAUCCACAUUCAGGCAGUGGAUGCCGACCACGGGGAGAAUGCCCGACUGGAGUACUCCCUAACUGGUGUGGCACCUGAUACACCUUUUGUGAUAAACAGUGCCACUGGAUGGGUCUCUGUGAGUGGCCCUCUGGACCGAGAGUCUGUGGAGCAUUAUUUCUUUGGUGUGGAGGCCCGAGACCAUGGCUCACCCCCACUGUCUGCCUCAGCCAGUGUCACGGUGACUGUGCUGGAUGUUAAUGACAACCGGCCUGAGUUCACAAUGAAGGAAUACCACCUACGGCUGAAUGAGGAUGCGACUGUGGGAACCAGUGUGGUCAGUGUGACUGCUGUAGACCGUGAUGCAAACAGUGCCAUCAGCUACCAGAUCACAGGUGGCAACACCCGGAACCGCUUUGCCAUCAGCACCCAGGGGGGUGUGGGUCUGGUGACACUGGCUCUGCCACUGGACUACAAGCAGGAACGCUACUUCAAACUGGUGCUAACCGCAUCAGACCGUGCACUUCACGAUCACUGCUAUGUGCACAUCAACAUCACAGAUGCCAACACUCACCGACCUGUCUUUCAAAGUGCCCACUACUCAGUAAGUGUGAAUGAGGAUCGGCCAGUGGGUAGCACUGUGGUGGUCAUCAGUGCCUCUGACGAUGAUGUGGGUGAGAAUGCUCGUAUCACCUAUCUCCUGGAGGACAAUCUGCCCCAGUUUCGAAUUGAUGCAGAAUCAGGGGCCAUUACGCUACAGGCCCCUCUGGACUAUGAGGACCAGGUGACCUACACACUGGCCAUUACAGCUCGGGACAAUGGCAUCCCACAGAAGUCAGACACCACUUAUGUGGAGGUGAUGGUCAAUGAUGUAAAUGACAAUGCUCCACAGUUCGUGGCCUCCCACUACCCGGGACUGGUCUCUGAGGGUGCCCCACCUUUCACAAGCGUCCUGCAGAUCUCAGCCACUGACCGGGAUGCUCACGCCAAUGGCCGUGUCCAGUACACUUUUCAGAAUGGGGAAGAUGGGGAUGGAGAUUUUACCAUUGAGCCCACAUCUGGCAUUGUCCGCACAGUACGGCGGCUGGACCGGGAGGCAGUGCCAGUGUAUGAGCUCACUGCCUAUGCAGUGGACCGUGGUGUACCCCCACUGCGGACUCCGGUCAGCAUCCAGGUGACAGUGCAGGAUGUGAAUGACAAUGCACCCAUCUUCCCAGCUGAAGAGUUUGAGGUGCGGGUGAAGGAGAAUAGUGUUGUGGGGUCAGUGGUGGCCCAGAUCACCGCGGUAGACCCCGAUGAAGGCCCCAACGCCCAUAUCAUGUACCAGAUUGUGGAGGGGAACAUCCCUGAGCUGUUCCAAAUGGAUAUCUUCUCCGGAGAGCUGACGGCACUCAUUGACCUAGACUACGAGACUCGCCAGGAAUAUGUGAUUGUUGUGCAGGCCACAUCUGCCCCUCUGGUCAGCCGGGCCACUGUUCAUGUCCGCCUGGUAGACCAGAAUGACAACAGCCCUGUGCUCAACAACUUCCAAAUCCUCUUCAACAACUAUGUAUCCAACCGCUCAGACACCUUUCCCUUGGGCAUCAUUGGGCGCAUUCCAGCUUAUGAUCCUGAUGUUUCCGAUCACCUCUUUUACUCUUUUGAGCGUGGCAAUGAGCUGCAGCUGCUGGUGGUCAACCAGACCAGUGGGGAGCUACGACUCAGCCACAAGUUGGACAACAACCGCCCACUAGUGGCCUCCAUGUUGGUCACUGUCACAGAUGGCCUGCACAGCGUGACGGCACAGUGCGUGCUGCGUGUGAUCAUCAUCACGGAGGAGCUGCUGGCCAACAGUCUGACCGUGCGCCUCGAGAACAUGUGGCAGGAACGCUUCCUGUCGCCGCUACUGGGCCACUUCCUCGAAGGUGUGGCCGCCGUGCUCGCCACGCCCGCGGAGGACGUCUUCAUUUUCAACAUCCAAAACGACACGGAUGUAGGGGGCACUGUGCUCAACGUGAGCUUCUCGGCGCUGGCACCGCGCGGGGCCGGGGCGGGUGCUGCAGGACCCUGGUUCAGCUCGGAGGAGCUGCAAGAGCAGCUGUACGUGCGCCGCGCCGCACUCGCUGCUCGCUCUCUACUCGACGUGCUGCCUUUCGACGACAACGUGUGCCUGCGGGAGCCCUGUGAGAACUACAUGAAGUGCGUCUCCGUGCUGCGCUUUGACUCGUCCGCUCCCUUUCUGGCCUCGGCCUCCACGCUCUUCCGACCCAUCCAGCCCAUCGCCGGCCUGCGCUGCCGCUGCCCGCCGGGCUUCACGGGCGACUUCUGUGAGACAGAGCUCGACCUCUGCUACUCGAACCCGUGCCGGAACGGCGGCGCCUGCGCACGGCGCGAGGGCGGCUACACCUGCGUCUGCCGUCCGCGCUUCACCGGCGAAGACUGCGAGCUGGACACGGAGGCCGGACGCUGCGUGCCGGGCGUCUGCCGCAACGGGGGCACCUGCACCGACGCUCCUGACGGCGGCUUCCGCUGCCAGUGCCCGGCGGGCGGCGCCUUCGAGGGUCUCCGCUGCGAGGUGGUCGCGCGCUCCUUCCCGCCCAGUUCCUUCGUCAUGUUCCGCGGCCUGCGGCAGCGCUUCCACCUUACGCUGUCCCUCUCGUUUGCAACAGUGCAGCCUAGCGGGUUGCUUUUCUACAAUGGACGCCUGAAUGAGAAGCACGACUUCCUGGCCCUGGAGCUUGUGGCUGGGCAAGUGCGGCUCACAUAUUCCACGGGUGAGUCCAACACAGUGGUCAGCCCCACAGUUCCAGGGGGCCUGAGAGAUGGACAAUGGCACACAGUGCAUCUGAGAUACUACAACAAGCCCCGGACAGAUGCCCUAGGUGGUGCCCAGGGCCCCUCCAAGGACAAGGUGGCUGUGCUGAGUGUGGAUGACUGUGAUGUGGCUGUGGCCCUGCAGUUUGGGGCUGAGAUUGGCAACUACUCAUGCGCAGCUGCGGGCGUGCAGACGAGCUCCAAGAAGUCCCUGGACCUGACAGGUCCCCUGCUCCUGGGGGGUGUCCCCAAUCUCCCCGAGAACUUCCCCGUGUCCCACAAGGACUUUGUCGGCUGCAUGCGGGACCUGUACAUCGAUGGCCGCCAAAUGGACAUGGCGGCCUUCGUCGCAAACAAUGGCACCAUGGCAGGCUGCCAGGCCAAGCUGCACUUCUGUGACUCGGGCCCCUGCAAGAACAGUGGCUUCUGCUCAGAGCGCUGGGAUGGCUUCAGCUGUGACUGCCCCGUGGGCUUCGGUGGCAAAGACUGUCGGCUCACCAUGGCCCAUCCCCACCAUUUCCGUGGCAACGGCACCCUGAGCUGGGACUUUGGAAGUGACAUGACUGUGUCUGUGCCAUGGUACCUGGGGCUGGCAUUUCGGACGCGGGCGACACAGGGGGUCCUGAUGCAAGUGCAGGCUGGGCCACAUAGCACACUUCUCUGUCAGCUGAAUCGGGGUUUGCUGUCUGUGACAGUGACCAGGGGUUUGGGCCAUACCUCCCACCUCCUGCUGGACCAGGUGACUGUCAGUGAUGGCCAGUGGCAUGAUCUGCAGCUGGAGUUGCAGGAGGAGCCAGGUGGCCGGCGAGGUCACCAUGUCCUCAUGGUCUCACUGGACUUUAGUCUCUUCCAGGACACCAUGGCCAUGGGGAGUGAGCUGCAGGGCUUGAAGGUAAAGCGACUCCAUGUGGGAGGACUGCCCCCCAGCAGUGCGGAGGAGGUUCCUCAGGGUCUGGUUGGCUGUAUCCAGGGGGUAUGGAUUGGCUCCACACCUUUGGGGUCCCCAGCCCUGCUGCCCCCCAGCCACCGAGUGAAUGCAGAGCCUGGCUGUGUUGUGACCAAUGCCUGUGCAUCUGGACCCUGCCCAGCGCAUGCCGACUGCCGAGACCUCUGGCAGACCUUCUCCUGUACCUGCCAGCCAGGUUAUUAUGGUCCAGGCUGCGUGGACGCCUGCCUCUUGAACCCCUGUCAGAACCAGGGGUCAUGCCGGCACCUCCCAGGAGCCCCCCAUGGUUAUAUCUGUGACUGUGCAGGUGGCUAUUUUGGGGACCACUGUGAGCACAGGAUGGACCAACAGUGCCCCCGGGGCUGGUGGGGGAGCCCAACCUGUGGCCCCUGCAACUGUGAUGUUCACAAGGGCUUUGACCCCAACUGCAACAAGACGAAUGGGCAGUGUCGCUGCAAGGAGUUCCACUACCGACCGCGGGGCAGCGACUCAUGCCUUCCAUGUGAUUGCUACCCUGUGGGCUCCACCUCGCGCUCAUGUGCACCCCACAGUGGGCAGUGCCCCUGUCGCCCAGGAGCCCUUGGUCGCCAGUGCAACAGCUGUGACAGUCCCUUUGCAGAAGUGACAGCCAGUGGCUGCCAGGUGCUCUAUGAUGCCUGCCCCAAGUCCCUGAGAGCUGGUGUUUGGUGGCCCCAGACCAAGUUUGGCAUCUUGGCCACGGUACCCUGUCCCAGGGGGGCUCUGGGAUUGCGGGGUACAGGUGCUGCCACGAGGCUGUGUGACGAGGACCAGGGCUGGUUGGAGCCUGACCUCUUCAACUGCACAUCCCCUGCCUUCCGAGAACUCAGCCUGCUGUUGGAUGGCCUAGAGCUCAAUAAGACAGUCCUGGAUACCGUGGAAGCCAAGAAGCUGGCUCAGCGGCUGCGGGAAGUGACCAGCCAUACUGAUCACUACUUUAGCCAAGAUGUCCGAGUCACUGCCCGCCUGCUGGCCCACCUGCUGGCCUUCGAGAGCCAUCAGCAGGGCUUUGGGCUGACAGCCACGCAGGACGCCCGCUUCAACGAGAAUCUGUUAUGGGCGGGCUCUGCACUGCUUGCUCCAGAGACCAGGGACUUGUGGGCGGCACUGGGUCAGCGGGCCCCUGGGGGCUCCCCAGGCAGUGCAGGGCUGGUUCGGCAUCUGGAGGAGUACGCGGCCACACUCGCAAGAAAUAUGGAGCUCACCUACCUGAAUCCUGUGGGACUGGUGACACCCAAUAUCAUGCUCAGCAUCGACCGCAUGGAGCACCCCAGUCCAGCCCGGGGAUCCCAUUGCUACCCCCGCUACCACAGCAACCUCUUCCGGGGUCAGGAUGCCUGGGACCCUCACACCCAUGUGCUGUUGCCUUCCCAGUCUCCACGGCCAUCCCCACCUGAAGUUCCACCCACAAGCAACAUCAACAUGGAGAAUUCCACGGCCUCCAGUGUGGUCCCCUCGCCAGCCCCCCUGGACUCUGAGCCUGAGCCUGGGAUCUCCAUUGUCAUCCUCCUCGUUUACCGCACUUUGGGGGGGCUGCUCCCUGCCCAGUUCCAGGCUGAACGCCAGGAUGCCAGGCUCCCCCAGAACCCUGUCAUGAACUCCCCGGUGGUGAGCGUGGCUGUGUUCCGUGGGCACAACUUCCUAAGUGGUCUCCUCGAGUCCCCGAUCAGCCUUGAGUUCCGCCUGCUACAGACUACGAACCGGAGCAAGGCCAUCUGUGUGCAGUGGGACCCGCCUGGCCCGGCGGACCAGCACGGCAUGUGGACCGCGCGGGACUGUGAGCUGGUACACAGGAACGGGUCCCACGCACGGUGUCGCUGCAGCCGGACGGGCACCUUCGGGGUUCUCAUGGAUGCCUCCCCCCGCGAGCGGCUAGAGGGUGACCUGGAGCUACUGGCCGUGUUCACCCACGUGAUGGUGGCAGUGUCUGUGGCAGCGCUGCUGCUGACGGCGGCCGUCCUGCUGAGCCUGCGCAGCCUCAAGUCCAACAUGCGUGGGAUCCAUGCCAACGUGGCAGCUGCCCUGGGGGUGGCAGAGCUCCUGUUCCUACUGGGGAUCCACAAGACGCACAACCAGCUGGUGUGCACUGCAGUCGCCAUCCUCCUGCACUACUUCUUCCUCAGCACCUUCGCGUGGCUCCUUGUGCAGGGGCUGCACCUCUACCGCAUGCAGGCUGAGCCACGCAACGUGGACCGCGGCGCCAUGCGCUUCUACCACGCCCUGGGCUGGGGUGUUCCUGCAGUGCUGCUGGGCCUCGCUGUUGGCCUUGACCCUGAGGGCUACGGGAACCCUGACUUCUGCUGGAUCUCAAUCCACGAGCCCCUUGUCUGGAGCUUCGCUGGCCCUGUGGUCCUUGUCAUCUUGAUGAAUGGGACCCUGUCUCUCCUCGCGGCCCGCACCUCCUGUUCCGCUGGGCAGAGGGAGGCCAAGAAGACCUCUGUGCUCAGGCACCUUCGAAGCUCCUUUCUGCUCCUUCUGCUGGUCAGUGCCUCCUGGCUCUUUGGCCUCCUGGCGGUCAACCACAGCAUCCUGGCUUUCCACUACCUCCAUGCUGGACUCAGUGGCCUCCAGGGCCUGGUGGUGCUGCUGCUUUUCUGUGUCCUGAAUGCAGAUGCACGGGCUGCCUGGACACCAGCCUGUCUGGGCAGGAAGGCAGCGCCUGAGGAGGCGAGGCCAGCACCUGGGAUGGGGCCUGGGGCCUACAACAACACGGCCCUCUUCGAGGAGAGCGGCCUCAUCCGCAUCACUCUCGGUGCCUCCACUGUCUCCUCAGUGAGCAGUGCCCACUCGGGCCGGGCCCAGGACCAGGACAGCCAGCGGGGCCGUGGCUACCUCAGGGACAAUGUCCUGGCUCGACAUGGCUCAGCUGCUGACCACAUUGACCACAGCCUCCAGGCCCAUGCUGGCCCCACUGACCUGGAUGUGGCCAUGUUCCAUCGAGAUGCUGGCGGAGGUGCAGACUCUGACUCAGACAGCGACCUGUCCUUGGAGGAGGAAAGGAGUCUGUCCAUCCCGUCUUCAGAAAGCGAGGACAAUGGCCGGACACGAGGGCGAUUCCAGCAUCCACUCUGCCGGGCAGCCCAGAGCGAGAGGCUUCUCACCCACCCCAAAGAUGUGGAUGGCAAUGACCUCCUGUCCUACUGGCCAGCUCUGGGGGAAUGCGAGGCAGCCCCCUGUGCCCUGCAGACCUGGGGCUCCGAGAGACGCCUGGGACUGGACGCCAGCAAGGACGCAGCCAACAACAACCAGCCAGACCUGGCCCUGACCAGUGGGGAUGAAACCUCCCUGGGUCGGACCCAGCGCCAGAGGAAGGGUAUUCUGAAGAACCGGCUGCAGUACCCACUAGUGCCACAGGCUCGAGGUGCCCCUGAGCUGUCCUGGUGCCGUGCAGCCACCUUGGGCCACCAUGCUGUGCCAGCUGCCUCCUACGGUCGCAUCUAUGCUGGUGGGGGCACGGGCAGCCUUUCACAGCCAGCCAGCCGCUACUCAUCCCGAGAACAGCUGGACCUGCUCCUCCGGUGGCAGCUGAGCCGGGAGCGACUGCAGGAGGCCCCUGCCCCCAUUCUGCGUCCCUUGAGCCGGCCGGGUUCCCAGGAAUGCCUGGACACCACGCCAGGCCGUCUGGAGCCUAGGAAUCGGGGCAGCACCCUUCCACGGAGGCAGCCACCCCGGGACCACCCUGGUGCCAUGGCUGGCCGCUUUGGCUUACGGGAUGCACUGGACUUAGGGGCGCCCCGUGAGUGGCUGAGCACACUGCCCCCACCCCGUGGCACCCGGGACCCUGACCCACAGCCCCCACCUCUGCCCCUGUCUCCCCAGUGGCAACUCUCAAGGGACCCCCUCUUGCCAUCCCGGCCCCUGGACUCUCUGUCCAGGAGAUCGAACUCACAGGAGCGGCUGGACCAGGCACCUAGCCGGCACCCCUCCCGGGAAGGCCUCGGGCCACCUCCACAGCUGCUCAGAGCCAGGGAAGACCCAGCCACUGGUCCCAGCCACGGCCCCUCCACAGAGCAGCUGGACAUCCUCUCUUCCAUCCUCGCCUCCUUCAACUCCUCAGCCCUCUCCUCCUCUGUGCAGUCCUCAAGCACGCCCUCGGGCCCCCACACCACUGCCACGCCUUCUGCCACAGCCUCUGCGCUUGGACCCUCCACACCACGUUCUGCCACAUCCCACAGCAUCUCAGAGCUCUCUCCAGACUCAGAAGUUCCCAGAAGUGAGCGUCAUUCCUGAGGGGCCAAUGGCGCAGACGAGGAAGAGCCAAGAGCAAUGAAGGAUGGGGCUAAGAGAGAGACUUCAGGAGUCAGGGGCUGAUGCCAAGGCAGCCCCCACCCCUCUAGCUCUCCCGUUGGCGUCAGUGCUGAGGGUCCUUGCGCGUCUGUGAGCAUGCGUGUGAUGGGUGUGGGGCAGGGAAACUGAAGGGAGGAUUUUUAUACGUUUUGUACCUUUGUAACCAGAGAGAUAUGUUUAUGUUAUUUUUCAGCAUUUCUGUCUC